AUGACCAAGCGAACAAAGAAGGUCGGUGUUACCGGUAAAUACGGUACCCGUUACGGUGCUUCCCUGCGAAAGCAGGUCAAGAAGAUGGAAAUCACCCAGCACGCCAAGUACACUUGCACCUUCUGCGGAAAGACUACCGUCAAGCGCCAGGCUACCGGUAUCUGGGACUGCAAGUCUUGCAAGCGCACCGUCGCUGGUGGUGCUUACGUCGUUGCCACCCCCGCUGCCGCUGCCAUGCGAUCAACUCUGCGACGACUCCGAGAGAUUGCUGAGGUUUAA